AGAGUCCAAAACCCGAUUUGAGAACUAUAAAAGAAGCUAGCGUUUCUUCAACGUCCAAAUAACAAAGUUGUCUGUCUCAGAAAAUCAGGAGUAACUGAAGAAGAUGCAGAUAUUCGUCAAAACCCUAACAGGGAAGACUAUCACUCUCGAGGUUGAAAGCAGCGAUACCAUCGACAAUGUCAAGGCCAAGAUUCAGGAUAAAGAAGGCAUCCCUCCUGAUCAGCAGAGGUUGAUUUUUGCUGGUAAGCAACUGGAAGAUGGCCGAACCCUAGCUGAUUAUAACAUCCAAAAGGAGUCCACUCUUCACCUAGUGUUAAGGCUUAGGGGAGGAACCAUGAUCAAGGUGAAGACUCUCACCGGGAAAGAAAUUGAAAUUGACAUUGAACCAACUGAUACCAUUGAUCGUAUCAAGGAACGGGUCGAAGAGAAAGAAGGAAUUCCUCCAGUUCAGCAAAGGCUUAUAUACGCCGGGAAGCAACUUGCAGAUGACAAGACAGCGCGGGACUACAAUAUUGAGGGUGGCUCUGUGCUGCAUCUUGUGCUUGCACUGCGGGGUGGCCGUCUGGUUGUUUUGACUAAGCCGGAUGCGGCUCCUAGUCCCCUUUAUAUUAUGCGGAUGGCUCAGCUUCCCUUUGAUGUUUGUGAUCACACUGACAAGAUUUGUAGAGCUUGUAUUUGGGGUUCUUACGACGAGAGGGGAAUUCACUUGCUUGGAAAGAGAAUCUUGGGUGAUGUUAACAGGCGUGCAAGAAAUUUAGCCAAAAAACGAGAGUUGUUUAGUUCGUGGUCAUAUGUGAGAGAACUGAAGAAGAUGCAAAUAUUCGUCAAAACCCUAACAGGGAAAACUAUCACUCUCGAGGUUGAAAGCAGUGAUACCAUAGACAAUGUCAAGGCCAAGAUUCAGGAUAAAGAGGGCAUCCCUCCUGAUCAGCAGAGGUUGAUUUUUGCUGGUAAGCAACUAGAAGAUGGCCGAACCCUAGCUGAUUAUAACAUCCAAAAGGAGUCCACUCUUCACCUAGUUUUAAGGCUUAGAGGAGGAACCAUGAUCAAGGUGAAGACUCUCACCGGGAAAGAAAUUGAAAUUGACAUUGAACCAACUGAUACCAUUGAUCGUAUCAAGGAACGGGUUGAAGAGAAAGAAGGAAUUCCUCCAGUUCAGCAAAGGCUUAUAUAUGCCGGGAAGCAACUUGCAGAUGACAAGACAGCGCGGGACUACAAUAUUGAGGGUGGCUCUGUGCUGCAUCUUGUGCUUGCACUGAGGGGUGGCUGUCUCUAGAUGGUGCCAUGAAAAAAAAACCUGGACAGAAACUGUUGCAAUUUUAAUUAUUGCAUAAAUCUAAUGACUUUGCAUUUGAUUCGUUGAGAAAUGCAUGAAUUGAUGAUGAUUUCCUCAAGACACAGAUGUUGUGUUGUAUUACUUGUUUUGUAUAAAUCAGCCUUCUUCGGAUGGCCUCGCAAACUCUUGAGGAUAUGUCAAAAAGGUCCAAAUGGGCUUUAGUUAAUAAGGUACCGUAUGAUUACACACUCUGAUACGAUAAGUAUACCCACUAUUGUCAUCUUGUUGAGAAGGUCCAACUCCAUUUCGCCUAUUCCAAAAUUAAUAAAUUAUUUCUUGCUGGGAUUUUUUUUUA